CAUCGGGCAGGACGGCAGGGCAGGACUGCACCGUCAGAGCCACUCCCCAACCAUGCUUGGCGGAGCUUCGCCGAGGCUUGGACGGGGAAAGUGCGCAUCAAGGAGCUCGCGUCUCAGCUGACGACCAACAGCGGCACCACCCGUCUAGAACUUCAUGGGCAGCAGAUCACAGCGGAGAAAUGCCAGGCACUCGCAGAUGCCCUGAACUCCAAUCGCACCGUCAUCCGCGUCGACCUCAAGUACAACUACAUCGGAGACCAGGAUGCCAAGGCACUCGCAGAUGCCUUAAAGUCCAACCGUACGGUCACUCACGUCAACCUCGAUUACAACGAGAUCGGAGACGAAGGCGCCAAGGCAUUUGCAGAUGCUUUGAAGUCCAACUGUACAGUCACCUACGUCAACCUCUAUGGCAACAGCAUCGGGGACCAGGGCGCCAAGGCACUCGCACAUGCUUUGAAGUCCAACUGUACGGUCGCCGACAUGGACCUCGGAUUCAACGAGAUCGGAAAAGAGGGCGCCAAGGCGCUCGCAGAUGCCCUGCAAUCAAACAAGACCGUCACCUACAUCAACCUCGAUGGCAACAAGAUCGGAGACGAGGGUGCCAAGGCCAGGCGGUGCCCGCGCGGGUCUUUGCAGCUUGCAGUUUCGACCCCGCUUGUCCCUGAGAGGCACUCGCAGAUGCCCUGA